AAUAUUGAAAUUUACGGACAUUUAAUUCAGCAUUAUAAUUGCGUAAAUCUUUCAACUCCUAUAAAAAGCAAAUCUUUUUUAAACUUGAGCCAGUAGACAUAUUCACACCAAAAUGAAGUUGCUUAUUGUUUGUGUAACCAUCCUCGGAGUGGCUAAAACUGCCUUGGCAUACGCGCUUUGCGGUUGCCAACCAACGUCACCAGUCUGUGGGAGCGACUGGAAAACGUACAGCAGUGAAUGCGACAUGAAAUGCGACAACCGUUACAAUCCUAACCCUCCAGUGGUUAUAUACAAUGGCCCGUGUGAAGAUCUAUUCCAAGUGAAACCGGACCCAUUUGACCCAUACAAUCCGCCCCAACCCUGCAAUCCGCUUGACAUUUUCAACCCAUGCUUAUACUUGGGUGCUCGUAAAACAAAAUAGAGCAAAAUAAAGUAUUAACAUGG